CACAGCAGCGGUUCCGCGCAGCCAUUCCAACACAUCACAUUCGCCGCGGUGCGUCGGAACGAAGCGCACGCGACGACAAACCGCUGAAUAUUAGCCGUUAAAACCGGUGGGGAACCAACCGACGUUCAUUUGGCUGACGGUACCGAACACUAACGGCUGAACGGAAGAACCGUUGGUGGGAAAAGUGCACCCGUUAACGCCACGUCGACUAAAACAAACAAACUCUGACAGGUGUUUCUCUCUCACUCUUUUUCUCGGAGUUUCCCACCAUGCUGGACCCGUCCUCCAGCGAAGACACGGGCGGGGAGUCCGACCCAGAAGUUGUGCAGGAGGCACCCAGGAAACAGGCUCCUUCUUCGGAGGGGAAACGUGGGAACAACCGGAGGAACCCCACCGCACCUGGAGCUGCUGUCCCCGGGAAAGGUGCUCAGAAAGACUGCAGCACUACAGGUGGAGAGGGGGAGGAAGAGGAGAGGAAGGAGCGUGAGAGGAUCCAGAAGGAGGAAGAGGACAGGAAGACUAAAGUGCAGAUUUAUGUGUUUGUCCUGCGGUGCAUUGCCUACCCCUUCAACGCCAAGCAGCCCACUGACAUGGCCCGGCGGCAGCAGAAGGUGAACAAGCAGCAGCUGCAGGCGGUGAAAGAGCGUUUCCUGGCCUUCCUCAACGGGGAAACUCAGAUCGUGGCGGAUGAAGCUUUCUGCAACGCUGUGAGGAGCUACCAUGAGGGUUUCCUGAAGAGCGAGCGAGUUUCCCGGAUGGUUCAGAGCGGCGGUUGCUCGGCCAACGACUUCCGCGAGGUCUUCAAGAAGAACAUCGAGCGGCGCGUCCGCAGCCUGCCAGAGAUCGACGGCCUGAGCAAAGAGACGGUGCUGAGCUCCUGGAUCGCCAAGUACGACGCCAUCUACCGUGGCGAGGAGGACAUGCGCCGGCAGCCUCAGCGGGCGCACCUGAGCGCCGUGUCGGAGCUCAUCCUCAGCAAGGAGCAGCUGUACGAGAUGUUCCAGCAGAUCCUCGGAGUCCGCAAGUUCGAGCACCAGCUGCUGUACAACGCCUGCCAGCUGGACAACGUGGACGAGCAGGCGGCUCAGAUCCGCAGAGAGCUGGACGGCCGGCUGCAGUUGGCAGAGAAGAUCGGCCGGGAGGUCAGAUACCCGCGGUUCCUCUCGGCGGACAUGGAGCCCCUGUACGUGGAGGAGCUGCGGUCCUCGGUGAACUUGCUCAUGGCGAACCUGGAGAGUCUGCCGGUGUCUAAGGGGGGGCCGGACUUCAAGCAGAAGCUGAAACGCUCCAACAUGAACAACUCCUUCCUGGACAUGGACGAGGGGGACGUCCUGUCCAAGUCCGACGUGGUGCUGUCCUUCACUCUGGAGAUAGUGAUCGUGGAGGUGCUGGGUCUGAAGUCCGUGGCUCCAAACCGCAUCGUGUACUGCACCAUGGAGGUGGAGGGCGGGGAGAAGCUGCAGACGGACCAGGCGGAGGCCUCCAGACCGCAGUGGGGGACCCAGGGGGACUUCACCACCACACACCCCCUCCCCUCCGUCAAAGUGAAGCUGUUCACAGAGAGCACCGGGGUCCUGGCUCUGGAGGACAAGGAGCUGGGCCGGGUGGUGCUGAACCCCACCACCAACAGUCCGAAGCAGGCGGAGUUUCACCGGAUGGUCGUCCCCAAGAACAGCCAGGACUCGGAGCUGAAGAUCAAGCUGGCCGUCCGCAUGGACAAACCCCCCAACAUGAAGCACAGCGGGCACGUGUUCGCUGUGGGUCAGAGAGUCUGGAAGCGCUGGAAGAAGAGAUAUUUUGUUCUCGUUCAGGUGAGUCAGUACACGUUCGCCAUGUGCAGCUACAGAGAGAAGAAGGCGGAGCCUCAGGAGCUGAUGCAGCUGGAGGGAUACACUGUGGACUACUGCGACCCUCAGCCAGGCCUGCAGGGGGGGCGGGUCUUCUUUAACGCGGUGAGGGAGGGGGACCUGGUGAUGUUCUCCUGUGAGGACGAGCAGGACCGGAUGCUGUGGAUUCAGGCCAUGUACCGAGCCACGGGGCAGUCCUACAAACCAGUGCCCCCCCCCCUGCAGAACAAAACCAUCAACUGCAGAGGAGGACUCCAGAAGCCCUCCUCCCCCAUCAGUCUGGACCCGUCUCAGCGGCAGGGCGUGGAGGGUCUGAUCUCCGCCGCUCCGAGCCGUUUCGACCACGCCGGCCUGUUCACCGUCCUACAGAAACACACUCUGCAGCACCGCAUGAACGACUCCUUCUCCUGCCUGGGUUGGUUCAGCCCCGGUCAGGUGUUCGUCCUGGACGAGUACUGCGCUCGGUACGGCGUCCGAGGCUGCCACCGCCACCUGAGCUACCUGAAGGACCUGAUGGAGUACUCGGAGAACAACGCGCUGGUGGACCCCACGCUGCUGCACUACAGCUACGCCUUCUGCGCCUCGCACGUCCACGGGAACAGGCCGGACGGGAUGGGCACGGUGACGGUGGAGGAGAACGAUCAGUUCGAGGCCGUCAGGAGUCGCCUCAUGGCGCUGCUGGAGAACCAGAUCACUCACUUCAGGUACUGCUUCCCCUUCGGACGACCAGAUGGGGCCCUGAAGGCAACGCUGUCCCUGCAGGAGCGGGUGUUGAUGAAGGACAUCACCACGCCGGUUCCUGCAGAGGAGAUGAAGAAGCUGGUGCAGAAGUGUCUGGAGAACGCAGCUGGGAUCAACUACAGCCAGCUGAUGGAGUACGCUCAGAUCAGAGCGGACGCUCAAGCCGCUCCGGAGAAAAGACUGGAGGACAUGAUGCGACUCGGGGAGCUCUGCAUCGAAGUCCUGCAGCAGAACGAGGAACAUCACUCCGAGGCUUUCUCGUGGUGGCCGGAGCUGAUGGCCGAACACGCGGAGAGCUUCCUGUCUCUGUACCGGGUCGACAUGGACGGAGCUCUGCAGGUUCAGCCCGUCGACUCCUGGGACUCCUUCCCUCUGUUCCAGCUGCUCAACAAUUUCCUGCGCAGCGACCUUCAUCUGUGCAACGGGACGUUCCACAAACACCUGCAGGACCUGUUCGUGCCGCUGGUGGUGCGCUACAUCGACCUGAUGGAGUCGUCCAUCGCUCAGUCCAUCCACCGCGGCUUCGAGCAGGAGACCUGGCAGUCCGUCAAGUCGCUCACUAACAAUCUAGCCAGCGUUCCUCUUCCCAAAGUCCCCAGCCUCCCUCUCACGCUGCCUCAGAUGCCCAGCUUCUCAGCCCCCGCCUGGAUGGGACCGCUGUGUGAGAACACUAACGGCUCGGCCACCUCGGAGGAUUUGUUCUGGAAGCUGGACGCGCUGCAGAUGUUCGUGCUGGACCUCCACUGGCCGGAGCCGGAGUUCGCCAAACAUCUGGAGCAGAGGCUGAAACUGAUGGCCAGCGACAUGAUGGAGGCCUGCGUCAAGAGAACAAAAUCUGCAUUUGAUGCCAAAAUGCAGAAGGCGUGUAAGUCGACGGACUUCCGGGUGCCGCUGUCCGUCUGCACCAUGUUCAACGUGCUGAUGGACGCCAAGAAGCAGUGCUCCAAACUCUGCGUGCUGGACACCGGGCAGGAGAUUGACAAACAAUGGCAACAGUACCACUCCAAAAUCGAUGUUCUGAUUGAUGAGGCGUUCAAAGACAUGAUUUCCUUCCUGGUCACAAAGUUCGCCGCUGUUUUAGACGGCGUCCUCUCCAAGCUCUCGAGAUACGAUGAAGGCACAUUCUUCUCUUCAAUCCUCUCUUUCACGGUGAAAGCAGCUGCCAAAUAUGUGGAGGUCCCCAAGCCAGGCAUGGAUCUGGCCGACACCUACAUCACCUUCAUCCGGCAGAACCAGGACAUCCUGCGGGACCGCGUCAACGACGAGCUGUACACCGAGAAGGUGUUCGACCAAUGGUACACCGGCUCCAUGAAGGCGGUGUGUGUCUGGCUGACCGACAGACUGGACCUGCAGCUACACGUAUACCAGCUGAAAACACUCAUCAAGAUCGUCAAGAAGACGUACCGUGACUUCCGGCUGCAGGGCGUCCUGGACGUCACGCUGAACAGCAAGAGCUACGAGACCGUCUACAACCGGCUGACGGUGGAGGAAGCGACGGCCGCCGUGAGGUCGGGCGACGGCCUGCAGGGCAUCAGCAUGAGGGACAGCGACGAGGAGGACGACUGAACACACUCCACACACACCCUCUCUGAAAGAUCAGGACCUUCCAUCACAGUGUGAGUUAUGUUGUAGAUGAAGACAGUAGAGUCCUUGUGACUGAAGGUCCUGACUCUCAGGUCUCCCCCCGUCCUCCCCUUUUUAACCCGACCUGCUCAUUGCCCUGAUACUGCUGAGAAUGUAUGACAAACAGGAAGUCAAGGUGAGGCGUGGCAUCUGACGGACUGAACCUCGUCCUCCCUCGCUCACCUGCAGGACAGGAAGCCCCGCCCCCCUCCACGUGCAGCCAUACUCUGAUUGAUGUCAAUUUGUACAGCGAUGGCCGUCAGUGCAGCUUCUUCCUGUUUUCAUCUUCAUCAUGGUCGUAGCUUACUGUUCAGAAAGACUCGACCUCGCCGCCUUUCACUUUAAUCUACGGCAGCAGAAAUCCGCUGAAGAGAUUGGUCUUUAUUCGACAGGAAGCUUGGAUUUGUAAGGUUCUUUUGUGACUGUUUUGGUCAAUGGUGUUUGUGGUUAUAUAUUUGAAUAUCAACAUACUUUAUUUUUUCAAAUAGCCAAUAUUAUUUUAUUAGGGACACAUUUUUUAAAAGAUCUGACCAAAUGUGAAUUUCCAACAAAAGUCAGAAUUCGGAGAAAACGUCAGAAUUCAUCAAAAGAAUCCGUCUUAAAAUAACACCAUAUUCCUGCUAAUCAGUUUAAAUGACUUUUGUGAAAUUAUUCUUGCACUAAAUUCCCAUUCACAUGCACCUGUCCAAAAGGGUUGACUUGAACACAACCGCCAUCUUUCAUUCCUUCAACCCCACUUUUGAAAGGUAAACAAACAGGAUAUCCCUCGUCUUAAAUAAAAGACUUCAGAAUAAGGGGUCAUUCGUAAUAUUCUCAUCCUAUCAUCGACAUUGAAAGUGUUACAGAGUCUGUCUUUCUGGGAGCUAGAAUGUACCCGGGACAUAGCGUGUGAUAUUUCUCGUGUGAAUAGAGAAAUAAUGUGUUAACGAUAAGGACAGAUCAUUGGGGUUCAUCCUCUGGGGGUCCUGGAUGUCAUUGUGUGCAGGUUGAACUGCACAACUGGCCACCUAGCUAUCAAGUCUUGAUGUUUACAGCUGACUAAUCUGCGAGACACAGCUUACGUCCAAUGCCGAACUUUCUCUGCUAGUUAUUUCA